AAUUGUCAUGGCCGAAGUUCGGCAGCAUGCACUUUGGGACAGAACUCUUCGUGGGGGGGAAACCCAGGGGUUGCUAUUCGGGGAGAGGGAUGAGAGAAAUUUUCUUCCAAGACUUACCCGGUGCCCGGGGCCUGGGAGGUUUCGAUCAGCACAUAUGAAUCGAUGUCCUCCUGCAACCUGCGAGUGUCCUUGGUAUCCAGACCCACACCUCUUGAUCAACCUCCCCAGAAAAUACUGUCCUGCGGCUCUUAUCCGUCAUGCUUCUCUCGAGUUCGCUCGCACUGUUGCUCGGCAUUCUCGUCCGACCAUCAUGGUCCGUGACCAUGCCGCAGAGCGCCCUCUGCGUGGACGCCAUCUUCGAAGUCUACGCUGAUCUUACGUUUGACGGAAUUGGGGCCGAUUCAUACUACAUCGGCGCAUGCCAGAACCCCCUGAGAGUCACCUCCCUCUAUGCCGCAGCAAAACUGUACUGCAGCCCAAGAGAGAUCAAGUCUGGCCUUAAAUACAUUGAGGCUUUGUGCCGCCAAUAUGGCGAGGUAUCGAUGCUGCCUGAGUCAGCCCUGGCCGAGAACUUGACCGACGAUGCCAUCAAGAGGAUGCCCGUCAAGGACUACGGAGACAUACCUGCCACAGAGAAUGUCACGGCACCGUUUAUCCUCUCGCCACACUGGUUUGAGCUCUCAGACCGUACGGUGUUUGAAUGGGACUUUGAGAUGCGGACUCAUGCCAACUAUGGAUUCGCAAUCUACGGAUUCUGGGGUGGCGUUCUGCUCAUUGGGAUCCUCAAUCGUCUCUGGCAGCUGUUCUACCACAGCCGUCUCGCCCGUGUCACAUCGGAUGUCGAAGGCGAUGGCCAGCCCAUCCGACGAAAAACACUAUCCCCCACCUCCCCGCUGGGCAUCGUGUCGAAAGCGUACAACUGGGUUCAGACCCACCUCGUCAUUCCCAGUACUCUGGACUCUCACCAUCGGCGUUUGUACUUGUGGUGCACAAUACCCACUAGGAUGCAGUCCCUGACCAUCGGGUCAUACUGGGUAAUCUCUAUAUUGCUGUGCUGCGUCAACUAUCGAGGCUUUACAGGUAAUCUAUAUUGGUCCGACGUCCCAGAACAGAUCUGGCGCUACGUUGCCGACCGCACGGGGAUCCUUUCCUACGCAAAUCUCCCGUGGCUCUGGGUGUUCAGUGGGCGGAAUAACAUCUUCAUCUGGGCGACUGGGUGGCAGUUUUCCACUUUCAAUCUCUUCCACAGGCACAUCGCUCGUGUGGCUACCCUCGCGGCCAUCAUCCACUCCGUCGGAUAUGUCGUCUUCUAUUACCUUGGAGACCCUACAGGAGCGGACUUGCGGUUAGAAAUGAAAGAUGCUUGGCUCUAUCUGGGUGUCCUCGCCACCGUUGCUAUGAGCCUCCUUGUCGUCUUCUCUGUCUCAUGGUUUAGGCAGGCCCUCUACGAGUCCUUCCUCCUCGUCCAUAUCGUUCUGUCGUUGAUGACGAUCGUUGCCCUCUUCUACCACACCGAUAUUUUCGAGGGCGACUACGACCCCUACCUUUGGCCACUGGUUGCCAUCUGGUGCUUCGACCGGGGCGUGAGGCUUGUCCGCAUCGCGUAUUGCAACCUCCACGUCAGCUUCAACAAAGGAAAGAAGCUGAGCCACACGCGAUCGAGCAUCUCCUACGACGGAGACAGCAACAUGAUGCGGAUCCAGCUCACCGUGCGGGGCUCCCACUUGAAGCCGCGACCAGGCCAGCACUACUUCCUCUACCAGCCCUUCCGAUGGACCGGAUACGAGAACCACCCCUUCACCCUCGCCUACUGGGAGACACCCGGUUCCCAUACCCCGACACCCCCAUCCCAAUCCUCCUCCACCUCCUCCACCACCAACCUCCCCCCAACAGACAAAUCCCCCCCAACCCAGAUCCACACCUCCGCAAUCCCCUCCCCCACAAAUCCAGACGAAACUCUCCUCGAAUUCUGGCUCCGCCCCUUCGACGGCUGGACCCGCCACCUCCGCUCCGCCUGCCAGCUCUCCCCCUCAACGCCCAUCUCCCCGACCAUCCUCCUUGAGGGUCCCUACGGGCACACGGAGCCGCUAUGGACCGCCUACGACAGCGUGCUGAUGGUCGCCGGCGGCGCGGGCAUCACGGCCAUGACGCCGUACCUACUCGACCACUCCCACCGCCGCCGCGCUGGUGGUGGGACGCGGACCAGGCGCCUCACCCUCGUCUGGGCGGAUCGCAGCGCCGCGUUCCUGCGCUCGUCGUCUGCCUCCGGGGGCGUUCUGGCCGAGGCGCUGUCGGCGGAUGGGUUCCGGGCCGAGCUGUUCGUCACCGGCGGCAGCGCCAGCGGGAGCGGUAGUGAGAAGGAGGAAGAGGAGGAGGCCGGGGCGGAGAAGACGAAGGGCGGGGCGGUGGCCGAGGCGGCGCACGUGCAGGUGCGGCGGGGCAGGCCGGACGUCGGGCUUGCUGUCGGGGCGGCGGCGAGGGAGGCGUGGGAGGCUGGGUGGAGGGUCGCGGUUGUGGUGUGCGGGCCGGCGGGGAUGGCGGAUGCGGCGAGGGCGGCGGUGUUUGCUGCGAAGAGGGAGUAUGGGGGGACGGUGGAGUAUAUUGAGGAGGCUUUUGGGUGGUAGGUUGUUUUGGGAUUGAUGGUGGGUGGUGUCUUGGUCAUGGUAUGAUGGAUGGGGCUUACGGGUUGGGUUGCUUUCGACGACGGUUGGCUUGGGUUGGCACCAAUGGGGAAGGGGUGUUUUUUAUCCACUUUGAAGGCGUUAAGGAAUACCUACCUACGUUGGUUCCUGUUUACCGUAUCGAGACCCAUUUGCGCCUGUCGUGACAGGAUUCAGGUUCAGCUUGAUGUAUGA